UCACAGCUGGUCUUUGAACGGAUAUCUGUCAAAAAAGAGACAGUUUUGCUCGAGCCUACUGCAGAAUUAAUUAGGACACCGGGAGACAGAUUUACAGAACAGUGUUGGGCAGAAACAAUUCCACGGAGUGUUAAAGAUGGAAACGGUUAUUGAAAGAGAAUGCAGUGCGUUGGGAGGACUUUUCCAAACAGUGAUUGCAGACAUGAAGAGCAGCUACCCUGUCUGGGACGACUUCAUCAGCAAGGCUGGAAAACUCCAAUCACAGCUGAGGACAACGGUUGUCGCGGUAGCAUCCUUCCUGGACGCCUUUCAGAAAGUGGCCGAUCUGGCGACAAGCAGCCGAGGUGGGACCAGGGAUAUAGGCUCCGCCCUCACCAGGAUGUGCAUGAGACACCGCAGCAUCGAGGCCAAGCUCCGACAGUUCUCCCUGGUGUUCCUGGACUGUCUGAUCAACCCUCUCCUGGAACAGAUGGAGGAGUGGAAGAGAAUGGCCAACACUCUGGACAAGGACCACGCCAAAGAGUAUAAGAAGGCCCGUCAGGAGAUCAAGAAGAAGUCCUCGGACACACUGAAGCUGCAGAAGAAAGCGAAGAAAGGCCGCGGGGACGUCCAGCCCCAGCUGGACAGCGCCAGGCAGGACGUGAGUGAUAAGUGUCUGCUGCUGGAGGAGACAGAGAAGCAGGCGCUGAGGAAGGCUCUGGUGGAGGAGAGGAGCCGAUUCUGCUCCUUUGUCUCCAUGCUGAAGCCUGUGGUGGAGGAGGAGAUGUCGAUGCUGGGGGAGAUCACCCAUCUCCAGACCCUGAAUGAUGACCUGAAGACCCUGACCAUGGACCCCCACAAGCUGCCCCCGGCCAGCGAGCAGGUGAUAGUGGACCUGAAGGGUUCCGACUGCGCCUGGGCCUACCAGACUCCGCCCUCCUCCCCCAGCACCACCGUAUCCAGGAAGUCAAGCAUGUGCAGCAGUCUGAACAGUGUGAACAGCAGUGACUCUCGCUCCAGUGGCUCCCAUUGCCACUCCCCCACCUCGCACUUCCGGUACCGGAGCUCCGCCCUCCCCCAGCAGGGCCCCGCCCGCCUCUCCAGCGUCUCCUCCCACGACUCUGGAUUCAUCUCCCAGGACGCCUACCAGUCCAAGUCCCCCUCACCCAUGCCUCCCCCAGACACUCAGACCUGUCUAUCUCCAGCUGUCUCUCAAACUGUCAGCCAGGAAAAUUCUUCCUCCUCAUCCUCACCUGACCUUAAGGAGCCUUGCUCCAGCACAGGGCCAGAAAAGUUGUCAAACGGCUUCGACCAUCAAGUGUUCUCCGGCGCCCUCUGUUCACCUGGAGGGGCAUUACAGGAGAGAUACCCCCACCUCCCCCUCCACCUCCCUCCAUUCUCCCACUCCUCCACCUCCCCCCUCGCCUCCCCCACCUCUCCCAUGUGGGCGGGGCCCAGAUCAGGCUCCUCCCCUCCCUAUUGCAUCCUGGGACCUGGCAUGGUCCCAUCCUCCAAGGUCCCUACCUGGAAGGACUGGGCCAAGCCUGGGCCCUAUGACCAGCCAAUGGUGAACACACUGAGGCGCCCCAGGGACAGGAAGGAGACUACAGAUCCCAGCAUGCCCCUGGGCACCGAGGCCACCAGCCCGCGGGAGGAGCCUCAGAGGGCCAGGAGCACCAAUCACAACUCUCCACCAAAGGAGGAUGUGGAGGUGCAUGAGGAGCUGGCCAGGGCUCUGUCCAGAGGGCUGCAUCUGGACAUCCAGCCCUGCAGCAGAGACUCUCUCCAGGGCUCCAGUGGCUACAGCACCCAGACCAACACACCCUGCUGUUCUGAGGACGCCAUUCCUUCCCAGGUCUCAGACUACGACUACUUCACAGUGGGCGGAGAUCAGGAGGUGGAUGACAGGUCCUGCACCAUCCCCCGCACCAGCGAGAUCAGCCAGUCCUACCGGCGCGCCUUCCAGACCAAGCGCCCCGCCUCCACCACCGGCAUCCCCUCCCCCGGCCCUGCCAUCAUCACCCCGGGCGUGGCCACCAUUCGAAGGACCCCCUCCUCCAAGCCCAACCUGCGCAGGCCCUCCGGGGGCCUGGGGCCCAUCCCAAUCAGACCCCCCAUGAUCCCCGUCAAGACCCCCACCGUCCCUGACCACCCUGGGGGUAGCUUCUUCCCCGGGGGGGCCCUGCAGGAGAGCAGCGAGGGGGGCCCACCGAGUCUCCGCAGCCCGCUGUCGCCUGGCAACAACAACAACAACAGCAGCACUGGGCCCCGGGCUCCCAGAAGCCUCUGGGAUGCCCCGCGUCACACCUCCUCUGACCCCCCCACCCCGCCCCCCCAGCCUGGCGGCCGGGGCCCAGAGUGGCAGGCCCUCCCAGAGGUGCUGGAGGAGGGGGAGGCGGGAGGGGAGGUAGGGGGGGAGGGGGAGGACAUGCUGGUGGCCAUACGACGGGGGGUGAGGCUGAAGAAGACCACCACCAACGACCGCUCCGCGCCCAGGAUAGUGUGAGGAGGCCUGGGGAUGUUUGGUCUGGCCUAGUCUGGUCCAGUCCGGCCUGGUCUGGCCUUGCUUUGCAUUUAUUUUCAAAUGAAUGAAAAAGAUCAAAUGUUUAUUUGUAUGUACAUAUUUCUAUUUUGAAGUGUUUGUAUGUUUUAUCCGUGGUCCUCUUGACCCUCUUCUUGGUCUUCUUCUUAACCUUUCCCAGCCUUCCUGAAUCCCUAUAAAAGGUGCCAAUGAGAGGUAGAAUAACCCACAGGCUUUAUUUUCUUUAACAGAGCGAAUCUUCUCUGUGUGUUCUCAGACUGUGUGUUUCACAGAGAAAACACUCAAGUUGUCACAGCGUCAGAGGAGAGUAAGUCAACUCUUUAGUGGUGUUUCAAUAACACUUUAUUGUAAGUUGAAGAUGAUUCAGAUGUAUUUAAAAAAACAAACAGACACUUGCAUGUCCAACAAGAAACUGUCUCUCCUCGCAUAGACUACACUGAAUCCUCAGUAUCUAUGACUGACUAGCUCACACAAGGAUGGAAAACACUGAAACCUAUAUCACUGACUGACGGACAAACCUCCCAGAAUUCAGCCCGGCAGUUUUCCGCAGAGGCGACACAACAGUGUUUCCCUCAGACCCUGACACGACGUCCGGUAGAUUCAGCUACUCAGAGUGUAAUCAGUCGCAGGUAUAGUGGUUGUAACUAAGCAUUUACAAACCUGCAGUAUUAGUAAAUGUUACAUAAGUUACAAGUCUUUUACAGUUACAAAGCUUAGUAUGCGGUAGUGUAGCAGAGCCGGUUGGGAACCACUCGCUCUGGAUAAGUUUGCCCUCAGUUGUUCUCCUCUUGGUCUAAUGGUAGACGUCUUAGGGAGGAGACCCGGGUUCGAUCCCCCGUUCUCCUGUGUACGUCCCAGUGAACCAAUAUCCCACAUAGCCACCAUCUUGUAACAUCCUGUCCUUGGCCUCAUGUUGACCUUUAGUUGAAUCCUUCUCAUCUACUCCCAUCCCAGUGUGUGCUGUGCUAGACGCGACGUCCAUCGACACAUAGAAACGCCGAAUACAGCAUGUGGUUUUUGUAAGUGUUUUCUACAUAUUCCUGCUGGUCUUGGAGAGCGGUUGGACGUUGUGUAUGACGACUGAUGCCUGUGGUUGCCCUCCUUCCGAUAUAAACCAAGACGGGGAAACGUUGAACAUGUAGCCGAUGCAACUCCAUGCAGAUGACGCUGUAAGUCCUGAGAGAAGAGGGCAUCUCUCUGGUGCUGUGAGAGGUCUGACGCCGUCCCUGUACCAAUCUGUAAUAUAACACUAGUUAUACACUAGUUAUAACACUAUUUAUACACUAGUUAUACACUAGUUAUAACACUAGUUAUGGUCCUGGAUUCCUCUCCAAGCACAGCUGCUGAUGUGAAUCACAAGUUGCCAAAAUCUUCUAUGCGCUUAACGGUUAGCAGUCGUUUCAGUUGGUGUUUUGAAUGUCGUUGUCGAAGAAGACUCAAGGUGUCGCCUUUCUCUCGCCAGCAAUGAUUUUAUCUUCAUGUCGGUGACGAUUGGUGAAAGUAGUAUUCAGGAAUGGUAACGUGUAACUAAACUUAAUUUUUCUUUUUUUUGGUGAAACCCCUGUGCUUAAUACUCACGCACGGCUAAACCCAUGAGUCCUGGGUCUUAAUUUCAGACGAAUAGUUGCAAAAGUGUUAUAUUAAAGUUAAUUAUACAAUUACAUAAUGUGGUAGGCUAAAUGCCCGCACUUUAAAAACUUUUGAAGAAAUUCUUGAUGUAUGACUGCUUUUUCACGGUAUCACAAGGAGGGGUUGUGUUUGAUAAUUGGCCAAUCGAGUUCCUGUAUCAGUUCAAGUGUUAGAGGAAGUCCCAAAAUGAAAGUUUAUGAGAAAAAAAACACCCACAAGUUUUCACCACAAAGCAAUUGAAAGUGAGAAGGGGCGGAAUAAGGCUGAAAUUGGUGAGUUUAGUUGCACUUUAGAUGUACUGGCCUUCGGUAAUAAGAAGAUUGAAGCUAUUGUUUACAAUUAGGACGCUGUGAGCUGAUGUUGCGAUUGGACGGAUCUUAACCAUGUGAACUCUGUCUGUACCCUGGCACUUGAUAGUCUACUGUCCAGUUCCUGAAUCAUGUCUCCUAUUUUCUAUGUAACUGUUAUUUCAGGUAACAAUAAAACGUAGCAGGAAGUGU